GGCAUUUCACUAAGCGCGCUUUAUAAAUUUCUGUUGAUAUAUCGUGGCUAUUGUUCAAGGCCCUUUACAUUUUGCUUGUCUCUAAUCCUGAAAGAACAUUAUUGAAAAGUCUGUUGCACUAAAAAUGAAUAGGAUACAUAGUAAUGGCAUCCAGUUUAUACACUGGAUUCAAAACUAUGAACGUCUGGAGCCUUUGUUCACAGUCGUUAGUCAUAUCGGUAGUCCUAAUACUGCUUACUCACUGACGUUUCCAACUGCUUAUUAUACUGAUCCAAGAUUGGGGAUCACGACAAUCUUAUGUACGGCUUUAGCAGACUGGUUAAACGGAAUACUUAAGUGGAUGUUAUAUGGUCAUCGGCCAUAUUGGUGGCUUACACUGAAUCGAUCGCUGACCGACCCUGACUUAUCUGUAAAACAGUACCCACUAACAUGUGAAACUGGACCUGGAAGUCCAUCAGGCCAUUGUAUGGUAACUGUAGCAAGCCUAACACCAAUGAUAAUUUACUUCUACCAUAAAUUUAAAAAUCGAAUCCAUCAACGAUGUUUGAUAACACUAUCCUGUUUAGUUUUUGGGUUAAUUGCCCUUAGCCGCUGUUACUUGGCAGCACAUUUUCCUCAUCAAGUCAUUUUAGGACUAAUAUCUGGUAUCGCAGUUGGGUUAUUAUUUAGUUUACCUGGUAGUUUUCUCAGUUCAAAAAACGAAGUCAAAAUAAACUGGUUACAUCUACAAGCUGUUUAUCUCUUAACUCAUCCAAACAGACUAUUGUGGUUGGGCUUCUGUUCAUUCAUGUUUGCAUACGUUUUCAGUGUAUUCUUAGAGUAUGGUAUAAAAGUAGAUCCUAACUGGAGUAUAAAUUUAGCACAAUCAGCAUGUUUACGACCAGAAUGGAUUCACUUAUCAACAAGUCUUAUGAUGGGAUUUUCACGAAUUGCUGGGACUGCUACUGGUUUAUCUUUAGGUUUGCGUCUUAAACCAACACAUUCUAAACAAUCAGUACUAGACACAAAUUCCCUACCGAUUAUACUAUUCAGUUUAAUAAUUGUGGUUAUUAGUACAAGACUUAUGGAAUCAAUAUGUAACCAGAUAAUCAGUCUUUCUACAAUUAAUAUUAGUAAUGAAGUGAUGAAAAGUCAUUUUAAUAUGUUACAUUUAUUUAACUCAUUUUUACAAGGCACUAUUUGUCCAUUCAUUACAGUUUUUAUUGUGCCAACAUGUAUGAAUUUAUUUCAUCGUAUAUAUAACUAAUUCGAUAAUUAAAGGCGAAUUUUAUGCCAUUACAAAGCUACCUUUAUUAAUAAACAUUUUAUUCCGAAUAUACUAUCCAAGUCAGAAAGGUGUUAUUUGAAGGAAGUUUUUUCUUUAAAAAUAAAAAACUCAAUAUUUGUUAUUUUGUAUUACUUCAAAGAAAACAUUUCAACAGUUGUUAUAUUAUUAAAUUCAACCUGUUUAGUUUACACUUCCAGAAUAAUUAAUUUAUGUUGUCGACUUGUUUUGUUAUUCUUUAAUUCAGUUAAUUU